GUGUCUUAUGGAGCGAAAUAGUGCCCCAUCAUUAGUGUCAGUGGGAAGAAUCGUGCCCCAAUCACUGGUGUCAGUGGGAAGAAAUGUGCCCCAUCAUUGGUGUCAGUGGGAGGAAUAGUGCCCCAUCAUUGGUGUCAGUGGGGGGAGGAAUAGUGCCCCAUUAUUGGUGUCAGUGGGGGGAGGGAAUAGUGCCCCAUCAUUGGUGUCAGUUGGGGGGUGGAAUAGAGCCCCAUCGUUGGUGUCAGUGGGGGGAAGGAAUAGUGCCCCAUCGU